AUGUCACACGGUGCAAACGACUACUAUUACAGUCCGAAAUAUGAGGAUGACGAGUACGAAUAUCGCCAUGUGCAUGUAACCAAGGAAAGCGCCAAGCAAAUUCCCAAAGGACGUUUGUUAUCAGAAAGCGAAUGGCGCAAUUUGGGUAUUCAACAAUCACCGGGCUGGGAACACUACAUGAUUCACGGGCCCGAACGCCACAUUCUCUUAUUUCGACGUCCACUUCCUUCGGCGGUUCCUCUUAAAGACAAGAUUGCUAUUGAUCGCUUUGGGGUGUCCUUGGGAGUGGCUAAGCCCUUAAUGGCCGAUGAAGUUGAGCCUCCACGUCUCAGCGUGAAAGAAUUAAGCAAGAAAUUAGAGAGUCAGUUGCCAGAGAUACGACCCCCAAUUCCAAUACACAGACCAAAAGACUGUCCUCCUCGCUCAAAGCCACCCAUCGCUCUUAAACCUGCCAAUUUAGCCAAAAUUGGGCGUGUUUUACCAUCCAAUGAGAGUUUUUUGAAUCGAAAGAAUAAUGGCGAGACGAUUGAGUUUUCUCGCAACGACGCUCCAACAACAAGCUUGAUCCCUUGUUACACAGGACAAAGUAGUUCGAAUGGCCAUCUAGACAAUGAUCAAACGCUUGCACAUUCUUCGAGAACAUCCUCGCACAUCAGCAUUGGUGAAUUAAGUGAAAUAUCGACAGAAGUUUCGCCAUAUCCAGUAGCGCAAAGCGAUUCUGAUUCGGAAAACGACGAGUUUGAGGCAAAUGCUAGAAAGAGGGAGCAAAGGGGUCGGGCUUAUCGGAUUAAUUCAUCCGCCGUUCCCGAAAGAAGAUCUUUCUUCUACACUGAUUCGAUGGUCUCGAUUUCAAGCAUUCACGAAAAAAUUAUGGACGAACUUGGGAAGAAUAACAUCGUUAGAGCAAGCAGGCGAAAUAAUGCAUCUUGUAAUGAGCAUCGCGUUAUAAAGAGACCACCUUCUUUGUUGUCCGACGGCUCAUCGACAAUCAAUAGUGAAACUAGUCCGCAAACGCCACGAUCGUCAUUGGCAAGUGCUGAAAGUGCUCCCGUCGAAAAUGACCCAAUACCUUAUUAUGACACCGAAAAUCAAGAAGAGAAUAUUCGACUCAGAAAGCUUCAUUUUGCUGCGUAUGAGUUUCUAACUGUUGAAGAGAAAUUUGUCAAAUAUUUGGAAGAUAUGUACCAAAUUUAUCCAAACUAUUUGCUCGCGUUCGGAGAACGCUCGGGAAGAAAUUACAUCUCUACAACGUUGGCCAAUCCGUCUAAUCCCGUGGAACGGGUUAAAGUAUUGCUUUCCCAAAUCCACCCUUUUCACCAAGCGAUGCUUACCGGUUUUCAAGAGACAAUGUCCAAUUGGGACAGUCGAACACCAAAGAUGGCUGCCUUAGUAAAAUCAUAUGCACACUAUUUAAAAUCCUGCAAACAAUUUCUUAUGGAGAAGGGUCGGUUACUUGUGGAACUUACCGAAUUAUUGCAACAGCAGGAUUUUCAUAACGCAACAAUGGCCUUUGAAGAAAAAAUUUUCCGCCGUGGGCCUGGUGCGGUUACACAUCAACUCGACCAAGUUCAUCAGAAUUUCUUACGCUAUAAGAAUCUAAUGAUCAGCUAUAAAAAUUACUUGCCUCCUAAUUCAGAAGAAUUGGCGAUAGCUGCAGAAACCAUUGAUGUUCUCGAGAAAGUUGCCCAAGAUGUAAACAAAGACAUGCAAAUUCCAUCAAUUGAUGAGCUGACAAAGCUCUUUGAUAGAUUCCAGGGACUUUUCAAUGUUUUUAAACCCGGCUGCCGAUUGAUCCGUCAUGGGGAAGUUUUGAAACAAGCACGAAAGGAACCUCAGCCAAGGAUUUUGCUUUUGUUUUCUGAUGUUUUAUGGAUCUGUCGUGAAACGAAUGCUGGUGGCGUUUUUGAUAUGGAUCGAAGCUAUGAUAUUCCGAUAGAUACCGUAAAAACCGAGGUCAUAGAGCAUGAUGACUUCAAGACACGUUUGUGGAUCAAGAGCACCAAGAAAUCUUUUCAAGUUCUCUUCAAAAAUGUUUCUGAGCGUGAUCAAUGGAAAUUGGAUAUUCAUCGAGCGGUUGAAGAGCGGAGAGAAGCGGUUAAUCGAAUAUAUGAAGCACGUAGGAGGGUCUCCACGGCAAAGGGGGAAAAUGAUGAUCGAGGCUCUGAUCUUCUAUCUGCUAUGACAUGUUCAAAUGAUGCUCCAGUAAAUGGAUUCUUGACAACGAAUCUACGAGAAGCGGAUGUGCAAGCUGCCUGGAUUCCAGAUGAUGCUUCUACUCACUGUUUGAUGCAAGGAUGUAGGACAGAAUUUUCCUUGUUCAACAGAAGGCAUCAUUGUCGAGAUUGUGGAUGGUUGAUUUGUUCCCGUUGCUCUGGUCACGCCCCACUUGCAAAACAACAAUUCAAAAGCAAGAACGUCUGUCCUGAAUGUUUUGAUAGAAUUUACCAUCAAUACGAACGUGGUACAUUAUUUCCUGAAGCAAUGCUGAUCAGGAAUGCAAAUAACCCGGAUAUCGUAACUGGCAUUGCUUUGAAUGGAAAGGAAGUCACAAUGAAAGAAUUGUUUACCCCUCCCGAGAAUCGUCGCUUGAAACGCUUAGACAUCAGUGCGCGAACUCAAGAAAAAGAUGGAAUUGUGUUUGGACGUGUUUUUCAAAGAGCUGCAAAUGGAAAGGAAACCGUGAAAUUUGCCCAACUUAAAGACGAUCUGGAGCUCAGCUUUUUUACCGCAAAUUUUGAUGAAAGACCCGAAUCGACCUUUGUAAUUCAUGGCUAUUAUCUGGAGGAACACGAAGCGGAUGAUGGAAACGGUGCACUCUUUGAGAUUAGUCAUCGCAAUCAAUUCCGCUCGGAUCGACAUGAACAUAGCAUCAAAUUUCGAGUUGAUCGCGAGGAUUCGAGAAAAAAAUGGUCAAACGCUUUAAAUCGAGCAUUAACAAAAACCAAAGAA